UUAGAAAAUAGGAUUAUUACGUGGGCAUGUUUGUUUGUUUGUUUUAACACCAAUAACAUUUUUGGCAGUUUUGACACUUGAGUAGUGUUACUUCGUGAAUCGGGGGUGAAGUAAUUGCGGCUCGGAGCUGUGGUCGAACGUACGGAGAGAUACUGAGUCCCGAGCCCAAGGAUUAGUUUUGAGACUCUCAAUACAGAUUGGUAAAGAAAGUGAAAAGUGACAAUGGAAACCAAGAACAAAAAAAGUAUUACUCAGAGUCUAAACUGAAGUGUAAUUUUGUUUGUUAAAUAAUUCUUCAAAUAUGGAAUUAAGCAAUUUAGCAAGUGUGGAACAAACUCAGAAUGCUGCAUCAACCAAUGAUAUCACACAAAAGACAAAUGGUAGUUCGCCUGGAUCUUCCGCACGUCCUCUUACAGCCAGCAGCGGUCAGCAAAGUGGAUCUGUUACCCCAAGCAAUGUUUUGGUCAAUCCAUUAGCCAAAAAUAACCAAAAGAAACUCAUGCCGAUACGCGGUAGUCCAGGUGGCAAUACAUCUCUCGAAAGAGUUACAAGGUCAUCUGAUAUCUUGGACCAGGAAUCAACACUUGCAAUACUAGAGGGUGAUAAUGUAGAUAGUACAUCCCACGAAAUGUUGAUAAUACCUGAAAAAGUGCAGGAAUUUGGAGCACUUAGGUCAAGCACAAUUGAUGAUUAUACCGAAACAAGACAUUUACUUCAAGGAGGGAGAAAUAGGGUUCGUAAACGGAGGAACAUCUCAAAUCGUCCCACUGGUCAAGUUUUAGCGGGAUCUACGACUGCUAGAAGUACGGAGAGUCCACAAGUAACCCGCAGGUCCUCACGCAAUAACUCAAGGUCAAACUCCCUGACUGGCUUGAGCAAUGGUAAUUUAAACAGUGCUAGAUAUACAAACGGAGAUGUGGAAAAAGGACAGAUACCAAAAUCAAGAACUGAAGAUGUGAAACUAAGUCAGGCAGAAUACAUAAAGCAACAUUUUCCCUUGAAAAAAUGUACACGUUUUGUGAAGAAGAAAAAUGAAGAUGAUGUUACUAUAUGUGAAUGUGGCUAUACCAAAGAACAACAUGAAUCUGAUCCAGAUUAUAAACUCAACAAAAUGUUACAUGGCAGUCGACAUGCUUUGGAUGAAGUGGAUGGUGGAGAUGCUAGUGCAGAAGUAGAAAACAUUCCAUGGGAAUUUGAGAAAGACAUCAAAAGCUUCCAUUGCAAUGCCUGUUAUGGAUCUAUAAAGUUUGUUGGAGGACACAAAAAUAUGAGCAAGUAUUGUCGUAUUCCCUGGGAUGUCGCCCACCCAAAGCUUGUUGUAGACUACUUAGUGGAGUAUGAAAAUGUGGCGCCACCUAACCUCAUAAUUUCGAUUGUUGGAGGGGCAAAAAACUUCAAGCUAGACAAAUGGAGUGGACGUUGGAAACGAAUUAUAAAUGAAGGCAUCAUUAAGGUUGGCAAGCAAGCUGGUGCAUGGUUGAUCACUGGGGGAUCAAAUGUUGGUGUUAUGCGUGCUGUUGGGGAGGCAGUUGAGGCAGCCCAGACUAAACAAUGGGUCGACAACAAACGUCUUAAAGAUGUGCACUGUAUCGGGAUCGCUAGCUGGGGAUACACCGCAAACAAUGACCAACUGUUCCUAAAUGAAAAAGACAACAAGGGAAAGGUUAAAUGUGGUGUGGUCCAGUACGAAAGCAGCCACAUGAUUCCAGGAAAAGGCAAACCCGUGCAUCUCAACCCAAACCAUACUCAUUUCCUAUUGGUUGAUGAUGGUAGCCAGGGUUACGGAGGGGGCAAGGAAGAGGGGGAAUACAAGUUUCGUGCGAAGUUUGAAGAGUAUAUCUCAGCUACACAUAGUCAAGAGUACAUAGAUUAUGAGACACCUGCUGUCAUGUUAGUAGUUGGGGCUCAGGGAAUGGGCUCUAUAGAGCAAGCUGUUGGGGCUCUUGAGAUGGGAAUACCAGUCGUCAUUUGUAUAAACACAGGCGCUGCCACCAACCUUGUAGAAGCCGCAGUCAAAAUGAGCAAUAACCCUAAACUGUCAUAUGAGGUGGACAUUGCGCCUCACAUGGAGGAAGAACUAAAGAAGGCCUACAAAUACAAGAUGUCUAACAUUGAGCAAACCAUUAGAUGCCAUAUGGGCUUCAUCAAAAGUGUCAUAGAACACAAGAAAAUAGUGUCGUUCUUUGAUUUCCAACAGAGUGAUGAGCUGGACAAAGCCAUCUAUACAGCAUUGUUUGAUGCUGACCUUGAUGACACAUCCAUUGAGAAAUCUGUAAUCCAGGAGCGAAAACUGAACUUUGCGUACGACUGGAACAGAUUGGAUAUAGCUGAGAAAAUAAUUGUCAAUGGUGAUCUGAAGUUGAAAGCACUCCAUGAACUGAUGAGUGAUGCCCUUAUAGAGAAUAAGCCUGAAUUUGUUGAGAAGUUGUUCCAGCAUGACUUCAACCUUGGAGAUUAUCUCAGUGUUAAAACACUGGAGGAGCUUUAUAAUGAGGAGACACCAAUAAGCUAUCUCUUCAAGGCACUGAUUAAGAUCAAAGGAGAACCUGCCAAUAGUUUUCUGGGAAUCUAUACUAAACAGAAGAUUGGCGAUGAAGAAGUGUGGUUCACGAUGCAAGAUGUUAAGAAGCUGGUUGAAAUGAUGACUGGUUAUCCAUAUGAGUACAAUCGAGAAAGGAAACCAGAGGAUGUUGAAGAUAAAUUGGAUCAUCCUUAUAUGGACUUGUUCAUAUGGGCAGUUCUCUCUGCAAGGCAGAAAAUGGCGCUACAAAUCUGGGAGUACACUCCUAAUGCUAUUUCAAAUGCUAUGUUGGCUUGCCAUUUGUACCGUUACUUCCGUGAUAAUAUACCUUUAGAGGAUACAUUGAGCAAAGAGAUUUACUCCAAAUAUGCUGAAGAGUUUGAAGAAAGGGCCAGUGCUCUGUUGACACAAUGUUACAAGACAGACCCAAAUUAUGCCCAGGCCAUAGUUGAAGAGAGACACUUUAGAUGGGGCAAAUUGAAUACACUCAACAUGGCUGCUGCCAGUGACUCAAAGAAUUUUAUUUCUCAUCCUUGCUGUCAGAUGGCGCUGGGUGGGGAAUGGAAGCGGGGACUUUUGAACCCUGGGUGGCAGAUCGUAUUGUUUCUCUUCCUGCCAUUCUUAAUUCCUACAAAACUAGUCCAAUUCAUGGAAGAUGUCAACAAAUUGAUCCGUGAAAAUAAGCUUGAUAACUACAAGAAAGAAUAUCAAGCAGACGUAAACUGUUGCAUUAUGGGAUUUAAGAAGUGGUACAAAUUCUACCAGACACCAUUUGUGAAAUUCACAGGACAUGCGAUCUGCCAUGUCGGGUUCAUUAUUUUGAUGUCAUUUUUCAUACUUUUUGACGUUAACCCGUACACACCAUCUUUUACUGAAUACUUGAUCUUUGGUUGGAUUGCAACGCUUGUUGGAGAAGAAAUCAGACAGAUUGCCACCUCCUAUGCACAAGGCUUCAAAGGCAAAAUGACAAGAUGGUUUUUCGACCCUUGGAACAUCAUGGACCUAUUAGCGCUUCUCCUGUUCCUUCUGGGGUUCUCACUAAGAGUGACGAUCGUCAUUGAUCCUGGGAAUGUUAACCACGAACUGAUUGUUAAUGUCAUGAGGACGUCUUACUGUUUGAGUUGUCUGGUUUGGUAUAUGAGGAUCUUGAAUAUCUUCCUUGCCAGUAGCUACUUUGGACCAAAGUUGAUCAUGAUCACCAGAAUGCUACUGGAGGUGAUCAAGUUUAUGAUAAUCAUGGGAGUAUUUGUGAUAUCUUAUGGAGUAGCAGCUCAGGCCUUGCAGCAUCCAAGCAGGACGCCAUAUUGGAAUAUAUUUCGUGACAUCAUCUAUAUGCCAUAUUGGCAGAUAUAUGGGGAGUUGUUCCUUGAAACAGUAGUGGAUGCUCAGAAGGAGGGUUGUAAUGGCACCCAAGUAUUGAGCUCAACAGGGGAUUGGUGUCCACAGAAACACUGGCUGGUUGACCUUCUCCUAGGCUGCUACUUGCUCAUAGCAAAUGUAUUGCUGCUGAAUUUACUCAUUGCCCUCUUCAGUAACGUCUACAACCACGUUGAGGAGAAUGCAGGGCAGUAUUGGAAGUCUGCAAUGUACACUCUAGUACAGGAGUACAAGCACAAACCUGCACUAGCGCCACCUUUUAUUGUCUUUGAACACAUCUUCCUACUCAUCAGGGCAAUAUGGAGAAAAUGUACAAAUGUAAAAGAAAAACAUGGCAAAGUGUACACAAGAAAGUUCCACCAAACAUUGCUUCAUUUUGAGGCAGAUGCCAUGGAAGAUCUCAUCAAAGCUGAAGAGAAGAAAGAACAAGAAAGUGUAGAGAUUGUGUUAAACAAGAUACAUGAGGGCCAAAAGAUGGUCUGCAGGGAGAAACAAGAGCAACAGGACAAUGAGGCUAAAGCAAGGGCAGUGAAACAACAGGCCUACCUACGUAACACAUCAUCAAGUGACAAUGAUUCCGAUUCAAAACAAAAGAAAAAACCAAUGCUCAUAUCAGCACAAUACUCAAGGCAAGAGGAGGAUCUGGCCACUAAGUUUCAAAAUCUCGAAGAAAAAUUUGAAUCUCUUGAAAAAACACUUCAGCUUUUAAUGAAGAAAUUAUAAGCAGCUUUUGCUUGUGAGAUAUGUGCAAAUCAACCUAUGAAAGAACUCCAGCUUUUGUGAGGAUAAUAUGUGUGAAACAGCUGUCAUUAGGAUAAUAUGUGUGAAACAGAUGUUAUAGGAUAAUAUGUGUGAAACAGCUGUUAUAGGAUAAUAUGUGUGAAACAGCUGUCAU